AUGACAUUCCGAGAUGUGUGUAUUGAUUUCUCCCUGGAGGAAUGGACAUUCCUGAACCCUGCUCAGAGAGAUUUGUACAGGGCUGUGAUGAUGGAGAACUAUCGGAACCUGGUCUCACUGGGACAAGCGCGCUACCAGUGUCUGGAUUGUGGGAAACAUUUUAAACGUCGCUCAGCUCUCGUUCAGCAUCAGAGAAUCCAUACGGGAGAGAGGCCUUAUAAGUGUAACGAAUGUAGUAAGUCCUUCAAUCAGAGGGCACACCUCAGUCAGCAUGAGAGAAUUCACACAGGUGAGAAACCCUAUGAAUGUAAAGAAUGUAGGAAAACCUUCAGCCAGAUGACACACCUCACUCAGCAUCAGAGCACUCAUACGAGAGAAAAGUGCCAUGAGUGCAGCGAAUGUGGGAAAACCUUCAGCCGUUCUUCAUCCCUGACGGAUCACCAGCGAAUUCAUACUGGAGAAAAACCCUAUGAGUGCAAGGAAUGUGGCCGAGCCUUCACUCAAAAUGCACAGCUCAUUAGACAUCGGAAAAUUCACUCUGGAGAAAAACCCCAUGACUGUAGUAAGUGUAAGAAAUCCUUUCUACGGCUCUCUUCCCUGAUUGAACAUCAGAGAAUUCACACUGGAGAAAAACCUUAUCAGUGUAAGGAAUGUGGGAAGAUCUUUACCCAGUGCACACAACUUACUCAACACAAGAGAAUUCAUACUGGUGAGAAGCCCUAUGAAUGUAAGGAAUGUGGAAAAGCCUUUUCCUGCAGAUACGGUUUAAUUGUUCACAGGAGGAGUCAUACAGGAGAAAGGCCAUAUGAAUGUCCUGCCUGUGGGAAAACCUUCAGUACCUGUUCUUCCCUUGUUACUCAUAAGAGAACACAUAGUGGAGAGAAACCUUAUAAAUGCUAUGCAUGUGAGAAGACUUUUAACACAUCUUCAUCACUUAGCCAACAUAAGAGGAUUCAUACCGGUGAAAAACCAUUUGAUUGCAAUAAAUGUGGGAAGUCCUUUCGGUGCAGGUCACACCUUACACGACAUCAGCAAAGUCGUGCUGGAAGAUGUUAA